AUGGAGCAGCAGCUCCCUCAUCAUUGCUUUUCAGCGUUACGUUUUGCUGCAGUUGCAGCAGCAGCAGCAGCCACAGCCGCCGCUGCCGCCCCUGUCCCAACAGCAGCAGCAGUCGCGGAAGGAGCCCCGGCCGCAGCAGCAACAGCAGCAGCAGCAGCAGCAGCAGCACUUCCUCCCAGCUUCCCCGCUGCUGCAAACCCCAUGGAGGCUAAACCCGAGCUCUAUUCGCGGGGCUGGUUUCACCGGCGGCAGCAGCAGCAGCAGCUGCUGCUGCCGGUGAUCAGCCUUGUUCUUGCUGUUGCAGCAGCAACUUUCCUCGUGCUGCGCUGCUUCAAAAUUCUUUCCAACUCAAACUUCAGCAGCAAAUUCAAACUUGCCAGCAGCAGAAGACUGGCCGAGGGAGGCCGGGACGAGAACGACUGCACUGUGAGUCAAACUGCAGCAGCAGCAGGUGCUGCAGAGCUGCAGCAGCUGCUGGUUCAGAGCUGCAGCAGCAACAGCUGGUGCAGAGCAACAGCAGCAGCAGCAGCUGGAGCAGCGGCGGCAGCGUAA